UCCAUUUAAACGUGUAGUGUGAUUGACAGGACAAAACAAUCAAACUGAUUGAAGUCAUAUCCUGAUUGCCACACUUUGAUUUUAUUGGAGUUUAACAAAUCGAGGAAAAAGGUGAAACAAGUGACGAAAUUUAGAUUUAGCUAUAGUUCAACCAGGAAGACCUAGCAAGCUGCUGCGCAAAACAAAAACAUUCGCCGACGCCGAGACGAGCCUCGAGUCUCGAAUCGAAAAUGGAGAACCUCGCCGACGAUCCGGACUUUAUCAGCGCAAUUGUGCAGGAGGUGAAAUCGCAGGGUCUGUUUGACAAUUUCCGCAAGGAGUGCCUGGCGGACGUGGACACGAAGCCGGCCUACCAGAACCUGCGCCAGCGGGUCGAGAGCACCGUAAGCAAGUUUCUGGCGCAGCAAACCUGGACCGACAACAUCCGGCACAAGAACCAGCUGCGGGAGAGGCUGCGCAAGCAUGUCAUUGAGUCUGGCUUUUUGGACACCGGCGUCGAGCGGAUUGUGGACCAAGUCGUGAAUCCGAAAAUAUCCACCGUGUUUCAUCCGAAAAUCGAGGAGAUUGUGUACAACUAUCUCGGCAUCGAGAAGCCAAAGCCGGUGCUGAACGGUGGUGGUGGCGAUAUGGACGUACAAACAGAUUUCCUCCCCGAAGACCUGGAAGCGGUCAGCCCGGACUCGGACAAAAAGUCAUCGAGCACUUCGUCCGACAUUGCGAUCAAGCCGGAACCAAACGCAAACGACGGUGAGUUGAACGAAUCGAAAGAGGCCGUGGAGGACUUUGAGUCGCCUGCAUUCGAACCGCUCGAAACGCGGCCACCGAGUCAGGUCAAGAACGAGAGCAACGAUUCUCAUGCUUCGGCGAUCAGUGGCUUGACAUCGCAGGAAUCGGUUGGAAGCGAAAUUGUUGAGUUUAAGCAGGAAACCUCUGUCAUCGAGGACGACGUUGGCGAAGUAGUCAAUGGAGUAGUAAAGGACGAGUGUAACGGACAAGAUGAAGAGCCCUCGAAUGAAGCGAGUCGGCCAGUGCCGGAGAUCAGUCCGGAAGUUUCCCAGAACGACUCGCAGCUUUCGCAGGUUUCAAGCAACAGCCGUUUGUCAAUUAUUACCAACUCCGAAGGGGUUCAGCAGCAGCAGCGGCAGCCAGAUAAUCAGCUGGAAUCUAGGCUGGAUAUAACGGAAGAAGCGCAGAUGCCAAGGUUCAACGAGAACUCCAACGAGGAAGAGGGAGAACUGCCGGACAGUGGAGGCGACGAGGAACCGUCCGACUCUGCUGACGGUGGUGAUCGUGGACCGCACAAGUCGAACUUUGAUUUGAGGAAGGAGUCGUACGAGUUCAAGGGCACUGAGCGGAACAAGCGUUAUCUGGAUGUCGAUGUGGAGAAGCCAAAUGUGGUGGAGCCGGCGACGAUCGAGCACAAAGCGGCGGAUGGUGAGGAAAAUAUCAAGGAAGAACCGCAAAUUGUUCCGGAGGAUGAGCCCAAGCAGUGCCCAUUAGCGACCAGUCUCAAGUGCGAGGAAACCUCAUCGCACUCGGAACGAUCACUGCGCAUUUGCGAGGACUCGACGCUGGAGCAGAAGGCUGCGGUGCAAGAUACCUACAGCACAAGCCUGCAAGAAAACUGCGAGUCGGUAAAAACUCCGCUCAAUGACGAACACAGCACACAAUCGGCACCCGAUGUGGACAAAAUGGACAGCAGUCAGGUGGUGGAGGUCGUGAGUUUGGCCGCGGUGCAGCAGCACUCCGAUAAGGAGAAGAAAUCGGAGCGACACCACCGCGAUCGUGACCACAAAUCACGGUCGUCUUCCUCGCGGGACCGGCGAUCGCACAGUUCGUCAAAGCACGGCAGCAGCAGCAGUAGCGGAAGUGGAAGUGGUAGUGGCAGCAGCAGUCGCAAGUCGGACCAUCGCGACCGGAAGAGCGAGAAUGGGAACGGUUCGAGCAAACGCUCCAGCGGCGACAAGAGAAAGGAAGAUGAUGAUCACUACAGUGCGCACGAGAAGCCGGUCAAGAAGCGUCGCUCGACGGACAGGGACUCGAACGAUGGAGCUGAGAGUGGAAAGUCGGCCAAGGCAGGUGAUGAGAAUAACGGCAGCUCUGGAAAGGGGACCAACACCGAAUCAGCCAAGAGUUCGCAAAGUUUGCAGAAGCGAGGCAGCGGAUCACAGGACAAGCUGAACGAGUCUCUGGAGUCGAGCUUCGAGGGAUUCGACGAGGAGCAGAUUGGCAAGAAGGAGCGUAGAAGCGCAACUCCGAAAAAAUCGGACAAAGGGUCAAAGUCUGGCGUGGUGAAGAGUGCUGAUAAAAGCAAGAGCUCAAAGAAGCCGAGGAAAUCCAGCGACAAGUCCCCGCCGGGGAAAUCCGCUGCAAUGACCAUGGAUGUGUUUAGCUUCUCGUUUGACAAACCGGCGAAGCUGGUGAACGGGGAGAUUGUUGCCGAAAACAGUCCGGAACCGGAGCCGGGAGUGGUAGACGAACUUCGCGAAGAUGUCGACGUCGUGCCAUCUCAAGAAUCGAUCGGAAACUUUGACGGCGAGAUUGUGCUCGAUCCCGCAGAGCUAGCACAGGCCAUUAGUGCUAACGAGAACCCCGAACAGGUAACUUCCAGCGUCGAUGAUAAUGAUUUGGAGAGUGGCCACGCCGCACUCAGUUUUCCCACGACCGAUCCGGCAGAUUUGGUCACCCUUGCUUCGCAGCCGAUUGUCGUGGAUCAGAUGCUAUCAGCGACCGGUGAUAACAUGGACUUGGAACUGUUGAUUGGCGAGAAGCAAUUGCGCGGAGAUGAAUCGACCAUGGGCACGAUUCAGAAAGGUUUGGACGUGGUGAAGAACAAGAUUCGCAAGCCCAAGAUCGCGUCCAACUUUAGCGAGGCCUGCAAGCUGAUGAAAGUACGUCGCCAGAUUGAACGCCAGGAAAAGAAGAAGCGCGAGCAGGCGAUGGUGCUGGCCAAGAAGCUCAUCAACGAAAAUGGCUCCGCGAUGGAAGAGGACCAAGGAAUUGAACUGGAAUUUGUGUGCGAUUCAACGCGAAACAACUCUGCCCCGAUCAUCUCGUCACCGGUUCGACAGAGAUCCAAACUGAACGACGAGCAGAGCCUGUUGUAUUUCCCAGAAGAAUCGGAAGUUUACCCUGUGAACGAGAACCUUCACGAGUUUUUGAAACAGAAAACGGAGAAAUCAACGUUUGCUGAAGAUUACGCCGUGGAGUGUCUGAAGAUAAAGCUACAUUCACUUGAAGCGCAGCAGAAAGAGCCCGGAAAGGCACUGUUUCCGGACACUGAAGAGGAUGAAAUUAUGGCGGUAGAAAUUACCGAAAUCGAUGACAUUUCCAGCGAUAACUGCACCGUCGUGCUCGAGAGGAUAAAUAUGAAUUCCCCAAAGUGGCAAAAAUUGCGCGCCCCUUCCGUUGACGGAGCAAAAAGCCAAGACACCGUUUCUAGCCUGGAAGUGCCACCAAAUGACGCAGCCUAUGAAGAAAUGAGUCAAUCUAAACCGGUGGAGGAGUCGUCAACAACUGAGACAAAAGUUUCGGAAGAACCAGAAGGCUCGGCAAACCUUUCAACUAUCCGUGGCAGCGUUAAACCCAGACGUGUGGGACUGUCCCGACCAAAGGGAGCAACGCUGAACAACAACACGACGGCCAUUCUCAAGGUCGACAUUGCCGAUGUGAAGGCAACGUCCCCAGCGCCAGACCGAAAGUCCAACAGCGACAUCAAGGCGCAGCGUUACACCGCGAGUGACCUGUACAAGCCGACGCUGAACGGUCUGAGGACGCGCACACGCACCCGAACCGGCGAGGGAUUCAGUAUGUAAAGAGUUGGGGCGUUCUUCGGUGGGAUCCUUUGCAUUUAACGGAGAAUUUGUUAUUCGCUGGGAUAUUUCCUUGAAUUUUUAGAUUUAGUGAUACUUUUUUUCCUGUACAUGAAAUGCAAUAAACUUGAAUUCAUACUUACUUACCAAUAGA